AGCGGCUCAGUCGAAUUUUCGUGCUUGAACGUGCGCAUGCGCAUGCGCUGUAAUAUCGCAACGGUUAUCGCAGAGAGUAAAUACUUAUUUUUUUUUUCAAAUUUAAUUCAGUCAAUACACAAAAUAGACUUUAAAGGGCUUAACAUGUUGCCUAUUGUGACACAGUUGAACAUUUUCUUAUUGCUCUUUGUGCUCCACACACAAGCGCAUCCGAUUACCAACAACAAUGAUGCAGCGCUUGCGCAACCCGCAGUGGACAAUACCAAGCUUUUAUUUGAGGUCAAUGGUGGCACCGUCCAAAACGCGCCCAUUGCAGAGGACACACUGACGGCUGCCGCCAGUAGUCCAGACCUACGCAUCGACGAAGCGCAGCUGGCAGAAUACACGGUGCAUUCGCAAGCCGAGGAAAGUGGCAGUAGUAGCUCGGGCGGAUUUAGGAUCUCUUUGUUGCCGUCGCAAGAAAAGACUGCCGAGUCAGUAAAUCUGGAACAAGAAGGCAUACCGUCAAAGGUACUUAGCACAUAUGACAAGACCCAAAAGAAGGUGGCCGAUUUGACCAAUCUGCAACCUAUUGUGGACACCAUUAGUGAGCAUGAGAAAUAUGGCAAUAACGGUGAUAUGUUUGAUGGCAUAGCGCGCUCAAUUGUAAACGGUUACGAGGCUUUUUCGAAUCUCCUCAACGCUUUAAUACAGAAACCGAAGGAUAUCGCUCGUUCUAUUUCGAAGGGUAUUACGGCACAGCUGGAUGUUAUUGGCGGCAAAAUUGUUGGAUUAUGAAAAUAAUACCGAUUUUAUUAUAAAGAUUAGUUUUAUUUAAGUUAGAAGCAAUUGUUGAUUGUU